AUGAUUCUGAAUGAGUCGCAACGUUUUACUGCAAACAGUACUUCCUGGUGGCAAUGAUGAACAUAAACAGUAUUGUACUUGUAUGAUAUUUUGGAUUUGAAAAUAAAACGCUGUUUGUUAAAUGAUAGGCUACAUGCAUCGCCUGAAAAGAAAAAAAAAACAGCUGCAUGAGGAUUAUACGAGAAUGGCGAGGGACCCCUCACCACCCUAUGCUGUGACAAUGAACCAGUUGAAAUACAUGUAUCAAGACAUCCAGCCUGUAGAGUUGCAUGUUCCUGAAGAGAACACCACUUCCAGGCUGUACUCCAGCACCGUGGAAGGUAUUGAAGGCCAGGUCUCUAGCUUGGUAGAGAUGUUUCUGGUGGAGAUUUACAGGUGUAGAGUCUGCCAGUUCACCAGCAGUUUGAAGAAUAAGAUCAGUGCCCAUGUGUCCAACUUCCACCAGCUAGGGGGGACCUGCCACCCACUGAGCGGCUCUGAGAAGGACAGAUGUCAGGAGGAGGAUGCCCCCUAUGGCGUGGAGGAUGAAAUGAGCACAGAGAAUAAGGAGAACGAGGAGAACGAGGAGAAUCUAGAACGAAUAUCCUUCCUCCUCCCCAUGUAUAGGAUGCUGCAAAACAUAAGCCCCCAGUCAUGUGACAUGGGCCUCAGCACCAACAGUGACAGUCUGCACGUUGCCCAUACCUGUGAGGUGAGCACAUUAUUUGAAGAGGAGUCCAGUCAAUUCCGCUUGGAGGAUCCGACUUCUAUAGCGUCUGGCUCUUUGUCAUGCCCCACUGGAUCAACUGGCGAGGACCAAGGUGACAAGAUGGCUCAGUCAGCUCACCUCAUGUCUUUGGGUCUCUGCAGAAUCUCCAGCAUCAAAACCCAGUCUUUGAUUUCAGAACCCAGCAGAACAGUUCAACAAGCUGAUGAGGGCUCUAAAGGAUGUCCCAAGAAGAAAAGACUGACUGCAAUACAUCCAGGCCCCCAUAAAGGUUCAGAUGAUCGGGGUGGUGGGGUGAGGGGCAGAACUUUUUCUUGCCGGCUGUGCAACCUGUAUCUGCCGUCCAAGCCACUGCUGGAGGUGCACAUGAAAUGCCAUGAUGGGGAGCAGGGGUUCAAGUGCAUGCAUUGCGGUUCCUUCACGGCCGAGUGGACGUGGAUGGAGACGCAUUUACAGGACCACAGCAAGAAGCGGCGUCCCCACCAGUGCUCUUUCUGCGAGAAGGCCUUCAAGACUCAAAAUGCACGGAACAUACAUGAAAACAGACACAGGAGGAAGCCUGGCUUGAUUCAGUGUGCCACCUGUCUCACUCUCUGUUCUUCAGAGCACGAGAGAGAUCAACAUCAAGCCUGUCAUUACCAAGACUCUUUUAAAUGCAUACACUGCACCUACGCGGAUAAAUCUUGGAACAAAGUCUACAAGCAUCUGUGCACUCAGCAUGACCACGGAGGAGAGACACAUGCAUGCACUGAAUGUGACAAGAGGUUCUACAGAAAACUAGAUCUCAAAGAGCACCUGACAAAACACAGCAGCUCCAGACAGUUUGAAUGUCAGUUGUGUGGAGAGGGCUUUCAACACAGGCGUCAAAUGGAUCAUCAUCACAAACAAGCCCAUGACAAGAAGAAAAAGAGACGCCAUCCAAAGUCAUGUGCGAUUAGUGCAGUGCGGACAGACAAGGAUAUAUCGGCCAACAGAGGAAAAACAGAAAAAGGGUUUUCCUGCAACUUAUGCAACAGAAAGUUCUCCUCUAAAUUGGCUUUGCAAAGGCACAUGGGAAUCCACAGUGGGGUGAAACAGUUUGAGUGCCAAGACUGUGAGUACAAGACCAGGCUGAAGGCCUCCCUCAUUCAGCACCGGCGCAUUCAUACAGGAGAAAAACCGUUCAAAUGUAAUCAGUGCCCGUAUGCCUCCAUAGAUGCCAGCUCCUUGCGAAGACAUUCCAGGACACACACGAAUGAGAAGCCCUACCAGUGUGAGCAAUGCUCAUACAGCUGCAUUCAGAAGAAAAGCCUGGAUCUGCAUGUCCGCAGACAUCACACCCAUGAGGUGUUUGCCUGUCACUUCUGCCCCUACUCCUCGCCAGACAAGCAGCUCCUUCACAGGCACCUGAAGAAGCAUCACCCAGACAUGAGAGGCUCAUUCGGCAGCUCCGAGGCAACACCCGGACUCUCGGCAGAUAAUUUCACUGAAAUCUCCUGACCCCUGCCAAGACAGCUAGACUCCGGCCGUUUAUUGGUGGCACAUCUUGGUGCGAAAAUGUAAACUAGGUCAGCUGGGCUGAACUCAGCUAGCAGAAUGCACUAAAUGUACUAGCAACUGUGCAUAAAAAUAGACUAUCUUUUGAGGGCCUUCCAAUGUGUUUUACAUUCACACAAUGAUCAUUGCAGACCCUUGUGUCAGGUACAUGUUCUUCCACCAGUUAAGCCCUUAACCCCUUCCCCUUUGGUUUGAAAUUGGCAUAGCAUAAAGAGGCUCCAUUUGAAAAUAAAGCUGCUUUUGGCUGCGUAACAUUUUCCUUAGAAGCCAUCUGUAAAGGCUGCUCUGCAGAGCUGUGAAGAAGUGGUGGUUAUGAGUUUUUUUUAUUUUUUAUUUUUUUUAAAAAAUAAAGUUUGAAAUAAAAAAAAAAGAUCCCCUCAUUUCUCCUUCCAUAAAGAAUGGAGGUUUCCAUCACAUGUUGCUGAUCAUGUCCCAAAAUAUUCCUCCUCUAACACCUGAUGUUUAUAUAUGCAUAGUCUAUCUAUUUAUAAAGAGAAUUAUGUGCCCUUGUUUUUGCGAUUCCCUAUUUCCUGUAAUUCCUGCAUUCAGUACUGCAGCUUUGCUUUUAAAAUCAUCAAUAAAUACCAGUUAACCCAACUUAA